AUGUCGGCCGACCCCGGCGGUGAUGUUCACGAUGCGGGGCCGCAAGAUCCCUGGAGUGACCAGGACCCAUGGGCGCAGUGGAGGACAGACGUGACAGAGCCGCAGAACUCCUCCGACACGACGACAACGACUGAACAGUCAGCCACCGAACCGAGCAACGACCAGAGCAACGGGGCCACUGACUACAUCAGUGGCUGGGGUGACAACUCUUCGCCUGGCAAUGGGGUGUCAGGCGCGCAAGGGCGACGCUGGUCGGAUGAAGCUUGGCAGCAGUGGCUGCGAGGCACUUGGAGACCGGAUUUUGGUGGCGCCGCAGAGCACCCUCGUGAUGAACGGCGCACCUCAGAUGCUUCGGCAAACUCGAACGGUGCCACCGGCGCCACCGGCAGCAGUGGCGCAAUAGGCAGGUGGUGGGACAACUACACCAACGACUGGGACAGAGGGCCCUGGCGAUGGUCCCACGGCAGUUGGGGCGGAUGGACACCGGCGGCUGGGGCGGCCAGUGCUUCUACCACGACCCCGACGGAUUCCUCGACGACACGACCGGGCUCGAGCUCUUCGGCACGACCGAGUACUACCUCUACAGACGGGAGGACCGCUCCCGGUGUCGAGAGCGGCGGUAGCGGGAAGGGCCCCUCGGAGAAACUCAUCAUCCCCUCGUUCAACGGAGAAGGCGAAGGAGGCGAGCUGGGCACGAGUGCCCGGAGCUACUUGCGUCAAAUCGACGCCUGGGAGCGGAUGACGAAGCUGCACCCUAGCCAACGGGCGCUUGUCCUCUACCAACACUUGGAAGGGGCCGCGUGGAUCAAUGCGGAGGCCCUCAACAUGGAAAGGCUCAGCGCCUCGGACGGCGUGGCGUACCUGAGGGGCUGGGUGCAGCAGCACUACCUGGAUGUGGAGGUGACGUCUGUGGGGCGCUCACUUUCGGACUUGUUCAGGAAACUCAAGCGCCGCUACAACCAGAGCUUCCGCGACUACACCGCCGAGUUCAACCGGUUGUUGGCACGGGUGGUCGAAUGUGGAUGUCGGCUACCUGAUGUGGCCACGGCAUGGCUGUACGUGGACAGGGCCAGUCUGGACGAGGCUACGGAGGUGAGCCUGCUUGCCAGUGUUGGCAAUAAAUACCAGCUACUUCAACUUCAACAGGCGGCCAUCAUCUUGGACCGCUCCAUGCGAAAGCCCUGGGAGCGGAACGCCAAGCAGGAUGGCCCAAGGAAACCCCAGACGGUCCACCACACCGAGGACGCCGAGCACCCCGUGGACGAGAACUCCGACGACGAGCCGCCGAGUGAGGACGUGGCAGGGGAAGACGGGGAGCAACUCUACAUCGCGUACAUGACGGCGAAGGCUCGCUACAAGGAUACCACGAAAGCUCGCGGUGUCGACAUCGAGGCCGUCAAGAAGACAGCGGAGGAGCGGAUCAAGGCGGCGAAAGCAAGGAGCUACUGCUCCGUGUGUCACCAGAAAGGCCAUUGGCAUCGCGACGCAUGCUGCCCGAAGCGUAAGGCGGAGAUCCACACCGUGAACGUGGCCCACGAGAUCGACAGCUUGAGCCCCGGACACACCUCCGGUCUUUUGGCGAUCACCGACUCAGCCUGUUCAAAGUCCGUGGUGGGCACGGUGUGGCUCCAGGCAUACCUGAACAUGGUGAGGAACCAGGGCAAGGCAGCAGAGCUGAUACCGGAGCGGGAGGCCUUCCGCUUUGGAGCCAGCCGCGUCUAUGAGUCCACGUACUCCACGAUCAUCAUGUUCCACCUGGGCAAGUCAUGGGUGGCCGUGAAAGCAUCCGUCAUCCACGGCGACAUCCCACUGUUGCUCUCGAAGCCCGCCCUGGCCAAGCUCGGCAUGAUACUGGACCUGGAGAAGAACACGGCCGACUUCCGGAAGCUUGGGAUCAAAGAUCUCCAGCUGCUGACAACGCCUUCCGGGCAUCCGGCUGUACCUGUUUGCCACAAGGGGAAGAGCCCCCCGGACCCUAGCACCCUUCCGAAGGCCUGGGGCGCAGACGGCACCGUGAUCCUUGCCGAGCCCGCUGAAGUGUACAUGAUUGCUGUUACCGGGGAUGGGCUAGGAGACGAGGUCGAGGGAGGUGAUAGGCCGGGUUUCCAUCGCAUCUUCUACGAGAAGAAGGCAGCUAUCCAACCCUUUGGAUUGGCCGCAGCGUCUUCAAUCGAGACCAACCUAGCAAUCUUUGCCUCCCUGCCACUCGGAAUGAGCAGCGAGAGCCUCCCAACAUGGAAGAUGAACAAAACUCAGCUCCUCGCCGAAUGCCAUCGCCGCAGCCUGGCCGUGAGCACGAAGUGGACCAUGACGGAACUCCGCCACGUGCUGGCGGGGGACGACAAGCACUACCACUACCGGGGCUCGAAACCGGAGGGCCCGAAGAGCAUCUCCAAGAUGAGUCGCGACGAGCUGGUCGAGGAAGCGGAGAAGUUGGGCAUCCUGGUGGGGGCGAAGGAAACGCGGGGCUCCCUCAUGCUGAAGAUCCGCGACCACACGGCCCCCGACGACACCGUGAUGACGAUCGGGAGGUUCCGCGGCGAGUCCUACGUGAACAUCCCGCAGUCCUACGCGGAGUGGGCAUCCGAGGAGGAGAAGAUCAACGGCGACAACAUGCACCCGGAGCUCAAGCGGUUUGUCAUGUGGCGACGAAGCCAGAAGACCCUCGGAACCCCGAGGUCAUCGAAGGCGGGAGGCAAGCAGCGUGGCUACUUGGACGUGGAGGAGAAUGCGAUGAUCCCGCCGCCGCCGUUCAGCGAGACCGGGGCCUCAGCUUCGGCGUGGGACGUGGUGGAGAGGAUGUCCGAGCACCCCGCCGCGGCACCCAAGUCGAGCGCGAGAUCGACGAGGAGGCCCCUGGAGGACGACCUCGGGACGCGGAGAAUGGAAAAGGAUGCGGAACCGCACGUGAUGGAAGAGAUUCGCGCCCUGGAGGAGCGUCUCGCAUGCUUGAAGGCCGUCCACGAGGAGAUCGGCAAGGACAUCUACCCCGAGGACGCCGCAGAGGGCAACCACUCGUCCCGAACCAUCCGCGAGGAGAUCGGCAAGGACAUCUACCCCGAGGACACCGCAGAGGGCGACCACUCGGUUCGGACCAUCCACGAGGAGAUCCGCGAGGACAUCUACCCCGAGGACACCGCAGAGGGCAACCACUCGACCCAGGAGGCUAUCCAGGAGGAGAUUGACAAGUGCCCCCUAAAGGACCGGGAAGCCAACAGCAACAGCGCUGGAGAUGGUUUUGAGUCGUGUGGGUCGUCUACACCGUCUCUUGGUCACGAAGUCCUUUACACCAAGGAGGAGUCGCAAAGCUACCUGGACCACACCGUCUACUCCGGCACAAAACUAGACCCUGGUGAGGAGAUGGCAUGCCGAGCCCUCCGCGAAAGACGUUUCAGCAACAAGGACCUGGAGGACAUUCUCAACGCCUGCGAGUUCCCGGACAACAAGAAGCGACCCGGGGUACACGGAGAGGGAGAAGGACAUCGCUGCGUGCUUGGCUAUUACGCGUUCGGCAAGUUCCAUGGCAUCACGCGACAAACCGGGGAGAGGAGCAACCUCACCAAGUACGUCAACCAGUUUCUCCUUCGGAACGGGUGCGAUCCUACGGCGGCAUGGACGUCCCUGUCGAUAACCUACAACGCUCCAGCGACCAUCCACACCGACAAGAACAACCUCCCCGGGAGCGAAAACGUGGUCUGGACUGGUGGCGAUCACCGUGGAGGCGGUCUUUGGGUGGCGCAGAGCAACGGCACCAACUACCGCCGGGAUGCCAAUGGUGAAGCGGUGCCGGGGCACAUUAUCGAGACCAAGAACAAGGUGACGAAGUUCGACCCCAAGCGCAAGCACGCCAGUGAACCCUGGUGCGGCGAGCGCUGGAGUGUGGUGGGCUACGUGGCCAGGAGUCUCCCUUACGCCAGCAAGACAUCGAGGAAGCUAUUGACCCAGCUCGGGUUCCCCGUCCCCACGGCGGCCAACAUGAAGGACUUUCGCAACAACAACCUGGCCAAGGCCGCACCGUCUAUUACCUCUACGAGGCCGCGGCGCACAGCGCAACGAGGGCUCUGGCGAAAUAUCGCCACCGUCUUCAGCUUGAUGACGACAACUCUCGCGGCUAUGGACCUUUGUGUGCGCGAACACGUCGAGCCCAGGACGAGGCCACGGGUAGCGAUGCUCGAGAUCGGGGGUGUUGAGGCUACCUGCUACGCCACCGGGGUCUGCGCGGACACCAUCGACGUUGCCGAGCCCCUCUUUUACGAGGACCUUCAAUGGGCCGAACGGGUGGAGUCAUGUGGUUUUGGCCCCAUCGAGACCGCUAUGAUUCGUCGAGAACCUGCGGAACUUUGGCUUCACGUGUCCCAGGCGUGGACGCACCCCGAGAUCAAGGCCGACGCCGAGAGCGCAAUCAGCCGACAGCUACACGAGGGCCGGAGAGUUGUACUUCAACGAGAACAAGGGGAACAAGCAUUGUGGACGGAAGCCACGGCCGGCUGGGAGGAGGCUGGCUACGCCGUCGACUACGACAUCGACCACUACGGCCACGAGUACAUCCGGAUCGACCCUCAUGGCCACUCCGACAACGAGAUCCACACAAACUACGUGGCCGAGGACGGACAAGGACCUUCGAGAGCCGCGGCACCGGACAAGGACGGCGCACGGAGCAUACGGUUCCCAGCCAGCGUGCCCAGACACAUCGCUGCCAGCCUACGACGACUCCAUCAGAACUUGGGCCACCCCAGCUCGUCGGACUUUGUCCGGCAUCUACGACUGGCAGGCGCGAGCCGAGAAGUCCUUAAGGCAGCCCGCACUCUAGAGUGCCAAACGUGUGCAAGGACUAGGGCCACUGCCAUUGCCAAACCGGCGAAGAUAGGAAGCUGUCUACAGUUCAACGAAGUGGUCGGCGCAGACCUCUUCUACGUUCACGAUACCGAGGGUAAUCGCCACGAGAUGUUUUCGAUAGUGGACUAUUCCUCGGCCUAUCACGUGGUUAUCCCCGUCGCCCGCAAGGACACCACCCACCUCGAGAAGGCCUUCUGCGAAAACUGGGCGAAUGUCUUUGGGGCACCGUGCGUGGUCACUGUGGACUUGGAGAACGGACUCCAGAAGGCCCUGGCUCGCAUUGGGGAUUGGACGGGGACAAGGAUCAAGUCCGCGGCCGGUCAGGCCCACUGGCAGGCCGGCUUCACCGAACGCCAAGGUGGGAUCUGGAAGGCCGUCUUCGCUAGGAUCAAUGAGGAGAUGUCGGUGACGAAGGGCGACAUCCACCUGGCCGCCUCUGCGGUGUCCAGUGCCAAGAACAACCUCACCCGCGCAAACGGCUACAGUCCUCAACAACACGUUUUCGGGGCCACCCCACGACUGCCGGAAGACCUACUGGAAGGACCCCACGCCCGAGACAUUGGAGACGAGGCCAUCAUCGACGACAAGCAUGCGAGGGAGGUGGCCUUGAGGACCAGUGCGAGGGCCGCUUACCAUCACGUCCAAACCGACGAGAGAGUGAGGCGUGCCCUGGCCGGGCGAGCACGGGUCCAAGCCAGACGCCCCGCUAUGGGCGAACAGGUGUACUACUUUCGCCGAACAAAGAACGCCAAGCGAGGCGUUUGGAUGGGACCGGGCACCGUCAUCGGCGAGGAAGGGACGAACCUGUGGAUCGCGAAAGGAGGACGAUGCGUACUAUGUGCUGAGGAACAUGUACGGCUGGCAACCCCCGAGGAACUUGGACACGCCUUCAGCUUACGCGUGGCAAGGGAAGACCUGGAGAAGCUUCUCGGCGCCGACCCCGAGGACGAGGAGAUCUACGACCUACGCGAGGACGCGGAUGAGGAGGCCCUACCGGACAUGGACCUCGAUGAUGACGAUUGGGCCGAUAUCGUCCCCAGCGAGCCCGAGGAGGUGGGAUACGACAUGGACGAAGACGAGGAGCACCGUCGCGGGAACAGGAGGAGCCUCGAAGGGCUCCCUAUGCCAGGCCUACGAAGGAAGCGACACAAGGGCCCUCCCGAGCCCAGCGGCGCAGCAGCGCCUCCAAACGAGGUGAACAUGCUGAAGAAGGCCAAGACGGAGCGCUCCCGCGCCAAACAGCUCGAGAAGGAGAUCCCCUGGAGCCAAAUCCGGGAUGAAGUCCGCCCCUUGUUCAUUGAGGCGGAGAGAAAGCAAUGGGCCGAACACAUCCAGCACAAUGCCUUGGAAGUACUGGAUGUGGCCGCCAGCGAGAAAAUACGAGCAAGCGUACCUCGCGAGCGCAUACUCUCGUCGAGGUACGCCUAUACCGCGACAAAGCCAUGGGGAAACGCAAAGCCUGCCCCGGCACGCCGCGGCGGGCGAAAGCGAGAUUGGUUGUGGGAGGACAUCUUGACCCCGAUUUGGGGGGUGGAUCCUUUGGAGGUCCUUACCGAGGAGACCUUCAUGAUUGAGGGCAAGGCCCACCGCCUACGUCCCUGCCCUCUCGAUCCCUGCGUGUUCCUACUCCAGAGCGAGGACUCCGACCGCCCCAAAGCCUACGUUGGAAUCCAUGUGGACGACCUCCUGGUGGUCGCGCACGAGAAGUACCGGCUGGCCUUGCAGGAGCGGAUCAGCGAGCUCUUCCCGGUGGACAGCUGGGAAGAAGAAGAAUUCGACUAUAUCGGCUCCCGCGUCAUCAAGAAGGACGACGUUGUGAAGGUCAACCAGUCCGCCUUCGUCGAGGGCCGACUCUUCUCCAUCGAAGUUCCCAAGGACCAGGACGGCAACCAGCCAGCGAGCGAGGAACAAAGGAUAGACAACAAGUCCUUAAUAGGAGCUUUGUCGUGGCUAUCAAGCCAAUCGCGGCCGGAUUUGCAGUGCUCAGUGGCACUGUCACAACAACUGCAACAAUCUCCUACGGCCGACGACAUCCGCUUCACCAAUGCCACGGCGACCCGGGCGAUGAACCACCGCGACAAGGGCCUGACCUUGCACCCCAUCAACCUCGAGAGGGCCGUCGUCGUGGUGUACCACGAUGCCGGUUGGGCCAACGCCGAGCACGAGGACGCGGAGCCAGACUUCCAGCUGACCGAGGAGGAGAAGCGCAAUGGCAUGAUCGGGGGCGGCCUCUACACGGAAGAGAGACCGCGACAACCUAAGAGGGCGAGGUCAAAGCUCGCCUCACAGCUCGGACACCUGGUCUGCCUAUGUGAUCGUGGAGUUGCCGAAGGUCUACGGGUGCCCAUGAGCAUCCUGGAGUGGAGGAGCCAAGCUUGCAAAAGAGUAUGCCGGAGCACCUUCGGAGCGGAAACUAUGUCCGCCAUAGAAGCACUGGAAGCAGCACAGUACCUCCGCUCCUUGCUGGCCACGCUCGUGACCGGGAAACUCACGAAGCACGAGGAGGCGAUCACCUUCUGCCCCAUCCUCGCCCUCACGGACUGUAAAUCGCUCCACGACUAUCUACGCCGCGCCGGACAACCCAGGUUGCCCUCAGACCGACGCCUCGCUAUCGACCUGGCAGCCCUCCGCCAAGACCUACAUGCCGAAGUACCGGGCGAGGCCAAGAAGCAGACCGCCCUCCCCAUGAGAUGGAUUCCCACUGCUAUCCAGAUGGCAGAUAUACUCACGAAGCCUAAGAAAGGCGAUGAGUGGUGGGCCAUGUGGGAGGAGGGCAUACAACUGCCCUUUUCACCCGGGACUUUGAACCUCCGAAAAGGAGGGAAGAUUUUUGAAUCAGUGUAA